AAGAUGGACACUAUGUGUACCAGGAGUUACAAAGCAAUUACUUUUACUACUUCUAGUUGUUUAUUAUUGUUUUGAAUGGGGAUGUCAAUAGGAAAUAUUUGUGAAGUACAGGAUAAUGUCCGAACAUGUGCCUACUGGAAACCCGUACGAUAUUGAUGGUCAACAUUUUAACCCUGAUAUGUACAUGCAGAAGCUUCUCAAGGAAUUUCCCCUGAAGCAGAUAAUGGACAAGGAGAAUGAAAUUGUACGUGAAACCCAGGCACUACAUUCUGACAUGCAGACAUUGGUUUAUGAGAACUACAAUAAGUUCAUUGCAGGAACUGAUACUAUACGAAAGAUGAAAAACGACUUCAAGAAGAUGGAAGAUGAGAUGGAUCUGCUUGCCAAAAACAUGGAGUCAAUAACAUCUUUUUCGGAUCAAAUAUCUUCCACUCUCCAGGACACGAGGCAGAAGAUCACGAAGCUGUCGGGCGUGCACUCGCUGCUCAAGCGGCUGCAGUUCCUCUUCAAGCUGCCGGGCAACCUGAAGGAGCGGAUCCAAGAGGGCCAGUACACACAGGCAGUGCAGGACUACAUGCACGCGCAGCGGGUGCUGCGCAGGUACAGCGACAUGCCGUCCUUCCAGGGCAUCCAGCAGGACUGCGAGGCCAUCGUGGCGGAGCUCAAGGCCCGGCUGUACCGCCAGUUCCAGGGCGAGGAGGCGACGCCCGCGGAACUGGCCCAGGCGGUGGACCUCUUGCUGCAGCUGCGGGAGCCUGCGCCCGAGCUGUGCUCCCGGUUCCUGCUGCACGCCGACGGCCGCCUCGCGGGGCAGCUGUCCCUGCUGGGCGCGGCCGAGGACCAGGACAUCAUGGAGUUUGUGGACCGGGGCAGCAACGGCUUCCUCAGCGACCUGUGCCUGGUCGUGGCCUCCUACACGGACAUGUUCGUGAACCGCCCUCGCGACGGGGACUCGGAGGAAAGCGACGAGGCAGCGUCGGCCGCCGUCUCGCAGCUGGGCCCGUUCGUGCUGGCCAACAUGGAGCGGUACCUGGAGCUGGUGCAGGCGCGGGUCGACGGGGAGCCAGAGGGGGGGGACACGGCCGUGCUGGUCCGCGCCCUCGACCGCUUCCACCGCCGCCUGCAGGCCAUGAGCACCCUGUUCUCCGACGCCGACUUCGCCAGGACGGGGACGGAAGUGGUGCUCCGCGCGGGCCGGCGCCAGUGCCGCGGCCGCCUGCAGGCGCUGAAGCUGCACUUCGCCGGGACCCUGGCGCGGGCGAGGCAGGCGCUGGCCGCCCCCCGCCCCCCCGCCACCCAAGCCGGCCGGGAGGGCGACGGCUCCGGGGGCGGCCAGCUGCUGCCGGAGCUGCUCGCCUCGCUGGUGCUGUCCACCGUCGAGAAGGUCAAGGGCGUGCUGCAGGACCUGCUGCUGUUUGCGCAGCCAGACCUGACGUUCGGGCUGAAGCCGCACUUCCGGGAGAGGUUCUGCGUGGAGCACGUGCGGGAGGAGCUGGUGGUGGGGUUCCUGCACCACCUGACGGCGACGGCCCGGGGCUUCUGUGGCGCGGGCGACAGCAAGGUGCCGCCCAUCCUGCUGCUGCUGCUGUCCAAGGUGUGCCUCGAGCUGCAGGCCUCCAGCGUCCAGUACCUGCUGCGGCAGACGGACGAGUGGUUCGGCAUUGAGGACCAGCACGGCACGGGCGUGCUGACCGGAGAGGAGGAGAUCUGCGCCGGCAUGCGCGCCGCCGCGCAGGAGCUGCUCAACUGCUACGUCCGGACGCAGGGACUCGGCGUGUCCCAGAUGCUCCGCAAGUCGGUGGAGACGCGGGACUGGCUGCACAGCAUCGAGCCGCGCACGGUGCGCGCGGUGAUGAAGCGGGUGGUGGAGGACGUGGCGGCCCUCGACGGCCAGGUGGGGGCGCUGUACGAGGAGGGGCAGCGCACCGAGCACAGCUCCGACUCAAGCCGGCGCACGCACAGCGUGAGUGCGUCGCGCCACGCCUACCGCUCCAACUGGUCGUCGUACACGCCCAACCAGCUCAACGCCAGCCUGGCCACCAACAUCCAGCGGCUGUUCUCCGAGCGCAUCGAGAUCUUCUCCGCCGUCGACUUCUCCAAGGUGUCCAUCCUCACAGGCAUCAUCAAGAUCAGUCUCAAGACAUUCCUGGAGUGCGUGCGGCUGCGCACGUUCAGCAGGUACGGUCUGCAGCAGAUACAAGUGGACACCCACUACCUGCAGCUCUACCUGUGGAGGUUCGUGGAGGAUGAGAACCUGGUGCACUUCCUGCUGGACGAGAUCCUGGGCAGCGCGGUGCACCGCUGCCUGGACCCCGUGCUCAUGGAGCCCGGCGUCGUCGAGAUCAUCUGCGAGCGCGGCUGAGCCUCUCUCUCAAUAAACACCUGUUUGAGAAUA